AUGGUAUUCAACUCUCCUCUUCCGAGGACAGGGCUUGGCAAAAGACCCUCGUCCGCCAUGAAAAGCGAUAGUAUUGGAUGGGACACUGCUCCUGCUAUGUUACCCCCUCCACGUACCUCAAUCAAUCUGCCCUACGCACAUUAUGCUUUGAUCUACUUGGACAACAUGGGUAGGCUCCGCGUGGCGGAGUCGCCAUCGAUCCGUGACAACCACGCCACUAUCUUCACUUCCGAAGUGCGAGAAAGCUUUCUGGAAAUCCUUGGAGCAAGAGUCGGAUAUCAGAAGCCUCUACUUCAGAGCAUCAACCCCGCCGCGUUGAGCUAUGACCGCUCCGACGAUGCGUCCUGCCAUCGCCAUGGUAAGAGACGUAGACUUCACGUUGAAAGUCCCGCUCCGGUUACGCAGAACUCCCGAUCUGAAUUCCCAAGUUCGCCGUCUGGUGCUGCAGUAAACCGGAUCGCGCUUGAAGUUGGUGACGCCGAUCGACUGGAACAAUACUACACGAUCUCCCUCAGACACUUCCAGCAGGUCAACUGCCGUGUUGUUGCAAAGGCUUUCAUCAAAUUCAUCGAGCCCCGCAAGCAAGUAAGGCAUCCCUACAACGGAGGCAGGCCUAAGCCUGGAGCGCCCCCUGGUACCAAAGGCGACCCGGAGAAGACGAAGCCUGAAUGGUGGCCGGCUGGUGUGGUGCAUAGGGAGCCAGAUCAUCUGAAGAAGGAGGGUAAGUCGUUAACAUACCGUCUCUUUACGGAUCAUCUGUACUUACAAAGCAUAACAGAGAGAGUUGACCUGUUGGUUCACAUCGUGCGCAAGCUUGGCCGCAUUGGAGUUACGGCCGAUAAGCUACUGGAAAUUGCAUUUGACUGUAGAAGACAACUCAAAGAACAGGAGAAAUUCACGAUUAUUGAGGAAAUCUUCAAGGCUGAACUGUUACUAGAUGCUUCAACUCUCGUCUACGUGAUGGAUCGUGAAGCACACCCUAAGGGUGACAAGGACGCCGACUCAGUCGCUGGGCCCGAGGCAAAAAUUGAGCCAGAGGAGCCAGCAGAGGCCGAGGAAGAGGUGGCAACCCCGACUCCUUCAGUCGAGGAAAUAGAUGCGGCAUUCAUUACGGACUCAAGCGACAUGCCAGUGCCUCAUACCAUGCCUUUGAGAGAGGGAAGAGAUCCGCUUUUCCCUUUGCCGGAGUCUCUUAAUUUUGGAGAGCCAGCGAGACAGGAUCAAUCGUUCUUCACGUCAUCUACCGACUAUCCCGGUAACUAUUCAAGCGCGCUUAUUGAGACUCCCGCCACUCAAGGGUUGAUCACACCUAUCGAAGAGACUACAUCGUUCGAAUACCUGACCCAGGCCCCUUUCCCGGACGCCAGCACUGCCGAGCACCACGCAGCAGCGGUGCCAAUGCAGCAUUCCGUCAGCCAAUAUAACCACUGGGCUCCGUCCUUUAGGGAGGAGUUGUUUAGCCCUUUGGAAUAUGGAUCCGCGGCCGGUCAUGCCCUCCCAGAGCCUCGUAUGCACUACCCGUUGGGAUUUGCUUCCCCCGCCGAGGAGAUGCAUGGCAUGCCUGACUUUUCACGCGAUCAUCAUGCUUAUAUGGAGCAGAUGAGCUCGAGGGGACCUCUAUUCCGUACUGGAAAACAAGAGGACAAUGGACGAGAUCCAACGGCGGACUUUGUGAGCAAGGGCGCUUGGGCGCUAAUGGAGAAAACAAAAUAUUCCAGGUUGGUGGACGCUACCAAGGGAGCAGGUCUAAGGGAAGUCAGAUCGACUCCGACGUUGAACCUUCAGACAGUAUGCAUUACGAAGUACGGUGUAGGCAAAGUACUUAGUAGUUGUCAGUGGUUAGAAGUAGAAGAGCGCCAAUGA